CCCGAGUGUGUGUGUGUGUAUGUGUGUGUGUGCGCGCACAGCAUCUGGAACACUGCGGCAUGGACAGCGGCGGGAGGAAAGUGGUCGUGUGUGACAAUGGCACUGGGUUUGUCAAGUGUGGUUUUGCUGGCUCCAAUUUCCCCGAACACAUCUUCCCAGCCCUGGUGGGACGUCCCAUCAUUCGGUCAGAUGUAAAAGUUGGGAAUAUAGAGAUCAAGGACCUGAUGGUGGGCGACGAGGCGAGCCAGUGCCGCUCCAUGCUGGAGAUCUCGUACCCCAUGGAGAACGGGAUGGUGCGCAGUUGGGAGGACAUGCUGCACCUGUGGGACCACACGUUCGGCCCGCAGCGGCUCGACAUCAGCCCCCCCGACAGCAAGGUCCUGCUGACGGAGCCGCCCCUGAACCCGGUGAAGAACCGGCAGAAGAUCGCAGAGGUCAUGUUCGAGACCUACCAGUUCCACGGCAUCUACAUCGCCAUCCAGGCCGUGCUGACGCUCUACGCUCAGGGUUUGUUAACCGGUGUGGUGAUCGACUCAGGAGACGGCGUGACCCACAUCUGUCCCGUGUACGAGGGCUUCUCUCUGCCUCACCUCACGCGCCGGCUCGACAUCGCAGGACGCGACAUCACGCGCUAUCUGAUUAAGCUUUUGCUUAUGCGAGGCUACGUCUUCAACCACACGGCAGACUUCGAGACGGUGCGGAUGAUGAAGGAGAAACUGUGUUUUGUCGGAUACAACAUCGAGCAGGAACAGAAACUGGCCAACGAGACCACCGUCCUGGUGGAGUCCUACACGUUGCCAGAUGGACGGAUGAUAAUGGUGGGAGGCGAGAGGUUCGGAGCAGCGGAGGCUCUUUUCCAGCCCCAUCUCAUUAACGUGGAGGGAGUCGGAGUGGCCGAGCUGCUCUUCAACACCAUCCAGGCGGCGGACAUCGACCUCAGGUCGGACUUCUACAAGCACAUCGUCCUGUCUGGAGGAACCACAAUGUACCCGGGGCUGCCGUCCCGUCUGGAGCGAGAGAUCAAGCAGCUGUAUCUGGAGAGAGUGCUGAAGGGAGACACUGACAAACUCUCUAAAUUUAAAAUCCGCAUCGAAGACCCUCCGCGCCGCAAACACAUGGUGUUCAUGGGUGGUGCCGUGCUGGCCAACAUCAUGAAAGAUAAAGAGUCUUUCUGGCUGUCACGAGCCGAGUACGAGGAGAAAGGCCUGAAGGUGCUGGACAAACUGGGAGCAGUGCUGGGAUGAGCGUCGGCACCAAAACCAGUCACACUAACCUCUUCAUGCAUGUUCCCAUUCAUAUCUAUUGCUAUUAAUAAAUUAAAAAGAAAAAAAAUUUUAAUUACAACAUCUAACCCUAAAAAAGACUCAAACGCUUAGCUGUUGCAUCUAAAUAAGGACAUAUCUGAUGCGUUUAUAUCAGGCUUAUAGGUUAAGUGAUGUUUAUUCCAGCAAUUUAGCUCCCAAAGUACAGAUUAGUAACUAAAGUUGACAUGAAACCGAGUUGCGAUGGCCUUUUCUUCCCUAUUGUGAUGUAUAUCCGAGUAACAAACAAGAACAAAUGUAGGCGGGGCUUGAUUUAGUCUGGGGGGAUUUGAUUGGAUGGGUGUGGUUUGCGAUUGGUGGAUCUCAUGUGACUGACAGGUUGUCCCGCCCUCGUCAUCAGAGAAGAGCUAAAUGUACUGCAAUAAAAAAAUAAGUAUUGUCAAUUUUGAUUUCAUGGUGACUUUAACUAGCUAUCUAAAUGGAAAUAGAUACUAAGAUGACAUACUAUAUGCAAUUAUUUUAAAUAAGUUUGAAUAAGUCACAUCUUCGCUAUUUAUGAACUAUUUAUCCCUCUGAACAAGUUCCACAGAAAGUUUUAAAAAAUAUAUAUAACUCAAUUCUGGGGACUUUUAUACAAAGCAAAUCUGGCCUCCAUGUAUUAACUUUAAAACGCAUCACCUGCACACACAAAUACAAAUAUAUAUGACAAAAAUGGCAAAUUGAAACUAUAGAAAUCAAGAUAUUUGACUUGGCUUAUUUCACAGAUUACCUGUUAACAUAGACUAAACUGAAUAAAAAUCAUGUGAAUGAAUAUUUCUAUUUAUUAAAUGUAACUGUUAAUCCAAAGCAAGAAAAGAGCCUUAAAUCAACAUUACAUUUGAUUCCUAAGUUGCUGCUGCCAUCUAGAGGACUACACGCUAAUGUUACUAAUGUUCAGGUCAAUGCGAACCGCAAAACAACAAAACAAUAAUCCAUAAUCGCCAACUAACAGCUCCAGAGAGACAGAGAGCAUUCACAUAGGAGUUUAAUUCUGCAUGUCAGUGAACAAGCAAACAUUCAGAGAAACCAAUCAGAGCGUGAUGUCAUAUGAAGCAUAUUGUUCAUCCAUGCAUCACAAUGAAGCGCAUCACAAACGAACGCAUGCAUCGGUCAAGAGUUCAACUGAUCCAGCAAUAAAAAGCAUCAAAACUCAACGCAAGUCAUAAUCAGAGCCCCGUGUACAUUAAGCAUUACAUAGUCAUACAAUUCACUGUAGAAAGAAAAUAUUUCAAUGUCACAUUCAGAAUCAAAGUGAAAUAGCGUUUGAUGGAACAGUCGUUCGGCCGGACAUUCGCAGGAAACGCUGCCAUGUCAUGUUUUUACCAAUUAUUUUAAUAAACCCGAAUAAACCUGUGACUAUAUUAUAUAUAUCACAUAA